GUCCAUAUCAAAGCCAUUGAAUCCCGCGAGCGCACUCAAGUUCAUUUUCAGUGUUCGAGCUGAGUUCCCCGCUUGAUGUGGUUGUUUGUUGAAUUGUAUGUAUAAGGGAACAUUCACAUAAAAGGGAGAAAGCUACCAUGCCCCGCGGAACUAUAUAUUGGUUUGUAGUUUUCUACAUAUUUGCCUACAUUCUGCAAGAUGCUGAAAUGCGAAAUAUCCACGCACCGUACGAAUCACCGGCAUCACAGUGCGGCUAUCUGAGCUGCCAUCCCACAAAACCGAAUAUGUUAAAUGUACAUCUUAUUGCACACACCCAUGAUGACGUUGGAUGGUUGAAAACUGUUGACCAAUAUUACUAUGGCAGUGAGACUAAUAUUCAAAAGGCUGGUGUGCAAUAUAUAAUUGAUUCUGUUGUGGACGCCUUGCUCAAAGAUCCAGAGAAACGAUUUAUCUACGUGGAAUCGGCUUAUUUCUUUAAAUGGUGGCGGGAACAAACUUCUACAGUUCAAGAAUCCGUACAAAAGUUAGUAAGGGAAGGAAGGCUGGAGUUCAUUGGUGGAGCAUGGAGUAUGAAUGAUGAAGCCACAACGCAUUAUCAAAGCAUAAUUGAUCAAUUUUCCUGGGGACUAAGACGUCUAAAUGAUACCUUUGGAGAAUGUGGUCGUCCUCGAGUAGGAUGGCAAAUCGAUCCAUUUGGUCACUCCCGAGAAAUGGCUUCUAUAUUUGCGCAAAUGGGAUUCGAUGGAAUGUUUUUCGGCCGAUUAGACUACCAGGAUAAGGACGAACGCCUUAUGACGAAAAACGCUGAAAUGAUUUGGCACGGAUCUGCAAACUUGGGAAAGUCAUCUGAUUUGUUCACCGGUGCCCUUUACAACAAUUACCAAGCACCGGAAGGAUUCUGUUUUGAUAUUUUGUGCACUGAUGAUCCCAUAAUAGAUGGAAAACAUAGCCCCGAUAACAAUGUUAAAGAACGGGUAGAUGCUUUCUUUGCUUUUGUUACUAAAAUGGCCGAAAGUUACAGGACAUCUAACUUACUUAUUACUAUGGGUGAGGAUUUCCACUACCAAAACGCUGGAAUGUGGUAUACAAAUCUGGACAAAUUAAUAAAGUAUUCGAAUGCGCGUCAGGUGAACGGGUCAAAUAUAAACUUAAUUUAUUCGACCCCAUCUUGCUAUCUGAAGUCGCUGCACGAGUCCGGCAUUACUUGGCCCACUAAGAGCGAUGACUUCUUUCCAUACGCUUCUGACCCUCAUGCUUAUUGGACCGGAUACUUUACAUCGCGACCAACGUUAAAACGCUAUGAGCGGGAUGGUAAUCAUUUCUUGCAAGUGUGUAAGCAACUAAGUGCAAUGGCUCCAAAAAAAUCGCCUGAGUUUGAGGCUCAUUUGACAUUUAUGCGCGAAACACUCGGUAUAAUGCAGCACCAUGAUGCCAUAACCGGCACAGAAAAGCAAAAGGUCGCGUUAGAUUAUGCAAAACGCAUGAGUGUCGGGGUCAGGGCAUGCGCUACGAACACAAGAAAUGUGCUGAAUCAGUUAUCAGUAAAAUCCGAGACAAGUUCGAGAACAAGUGAGCCCCGCACUGAUUAUAUAUUUGAUUUUAAGAUCUGCCCCUUGCUGAACAUCACCUCGUGUCCCGUAUCUGAGUCAAAUGACAGAUUUGCGUUGACACUUUACAAUCCACUGGCUCAUUUCACCGAUGAAUAUGUGAGAGUACCCGUUCCACACUACGACUAUAAAGUAAUUGAUAAUAAUGGUGCGGCUAUGGAUAUUCAGAUAUUACCAGUGCCCCAUUCAGUAAUGAAAAUUAAGAACAAAAGUUUAAAAGCAGAAUACGAGCUGGUAUUUUUUGCGACUAACCUCCCACCAAUGGGGUAUAGGACUUAUUAUAUUGAAAAAUUGAAUUCUUCUGAAAAUUUAUGCAGGCCAAAUGUUUCUCCAAAGAAAACUUCAAGUUUAACAGUCAUUGGAAACGAACAUAUUAAAUUAGGAUUUGACACCAAUGGCUUUCUCUCAGAAGUAACUGCUGAUGGCCUAACACAAAUCAUUAGCCAAGAGUUUCUGUACUAUGAAGGCGCUAAAGGAAACAAUGAGGAGUUUUUGAAUCGAUCAUCUGGAGCUUACAUCUUCCGGCCAAACCAAAAUAAAAUCCAUUUCGUAGCUACCCAAGUAGAAAUAGAAGUAUACAGAGGCGAACUUGUUCAAGAGGUCCGUCAAAAAUUCAAUGAUUGGAUAAGUCAAGUGGUCCGCGUGUAUCGAACGAGAAGUUAUGCUGAGUUCGAGUGGUUAGUCGGCCCAAUUCCAGUUGAUGAUAACGUUGGCAAAGAAGUAAUUACCCGCUUUACCUCCGGAAUCGAGUCGGCAGGCACAUUCUACACCGAUUCAAACGGUCGGGAAAUGAUAAAGAGACGGCGAAACCAGCGUGAUACAUGGAACUUAAAACUGAAUGAAGAAGUAUCUGGUAAUUACUACCCUGUUACAACGAAAAUUGCUCUGGAGGAUGGAACAGCGCGUAUGGCCAUUUUGACGGACAGGGCCCAAGGAGGAAGCUCACUACAAGAUGGGGCUAUAGAACUGAUGGUACACCGUCGCUUACUACACGAUGAUGCAUUUGGUGUAGGGGAGGCAUUAAAUGAAACAGAGCACGGCGAAGGUUUAAUUGCACGCGGCAAGCACUUCUUUUUCUUUGGUCAGUCCGGUAAUCGCUCAGGCGUUUCCCUGAAAGCUAGUGAAAGGAUUGCACAACUAGGAAAAUUGUUGCCUGCAUGGAAAUUCUUUAGCAAUAUGAAGUCAUACAACUCAGAAGAAUGGCUCACGUCUUUUAAAAAUAUAUUUCAGGGAAUUUCAUUGGCUUUGCCUAAACCCGUACAUUUGCUUACCUUAGAACCAUGGCACCAAAACCAACUCCUUGUACGAUUUGAACAUAUAAUGGAGAAAGGAGAAGAUGUACAUUUGUCAAAGCCCGUACAGAUUAAUGUGAAGAGCGUCCUUAGUUCUUUCGAUAUUGACGACAUGCGGGAAACAACCCUAGAUGGAAAUGCCUGGUUAAAUGAAACCGAACGAUUGCAAUUUGUACCUGACCCUGAGGAAGAGGAAUACAACUCAUACGCAACAUUUUCGAGAUCGGCAAAGGCUAUACACUUAUUAAGUGCCGCGAAACCGUUGCUGGGUGUGCAAUAUUACGAUGAAGCCUUACCAUCUGGACAGUUGGGUGCUGAAAGUAACCGUAUUAAGCGGGCUGCUUACACAGAGCGUCCUGAAUUGCAUAAAGAUGAUCAAGCCCCAGGCUCUAUUGGUGCAGAUUUUACCCUUAAAUCAGGUAGUGAUCAUCAGCAAUACACAAUUGAACUGAGUCCAAUGCAGAUUCGUACUUUCGUUAUCACUUUGUCACAUGUAUAAAUAUAAAUACAUAUAACUAUAUGAAGAAACUAAGGGAAGCCCCUUGCACAAUCUUCGCUCGCUUGCCAAACUCCAAGCUUUUAAUAUACCUAUACUAUUAAAAUAAUAAAAA